GUGGAGGGGGAGAGUUUCAGAGAGAGUGGGGCAUCGCAAGAGGAAGAGGAUGAAGCAAGAUGAGAGAGAAGAGCCUGAGGAGGAGAUCGGAUUUCAAAGAGACUCUGAUUCAUUGAAUCACAGAAACCAAAUUCUAAUCUUCCAGCUUUCUCAAAAGCUUAUCCAUGGCGACCUCCAUUCCCGAAUCCAAGCUGCCAAAGAUUUGAGGAACCUUGCUCGCAAGUCUUCCCCCAAGUCCCGCUCCAACCUCGGAGCUUCUAGUCUCAUUCAGCCACUCGUUUGCAUGCUUCUCUCUCCCAGUCUUGAUGCUCGUGAGGCCUCUCUACUUGCCCUUCUCAAUCUCGCUUCCCGCAACGAACGGAACAAGAUAAAAAUAGUUGCAGCUGGUGCUGUUCCUCCUCUUUUAGAGCUGCUUAAAUUCCAAAACCUUAGUUUGAGGGAAUUAGCCACUGCAGCAAUCCUAACCUUGUCCGCUGCUGCAUCAAAUAAACCGGUUAUCUUGUCCGCUGGUGCAGCAUCUCUUCUGGUUCAGAUUCUCAUUUCUGGAAGUGUUCAAGCUAAAGUUGACGCAGUAACAGCUCUAUACUAUUUAUCCGCCUGCAACGAAAGUGAUAACUGCCCUAUGAUGCUUGAUCCAAGAGCCGUUGCCCCUCUAAUUGAUCUCCUCAAAGAAUGCAAGAAGCAUUCAAAAUUUGCUGAAAAAACUACAUCGCUGCUGCAGAUAAUUUCCAAUUCCGAUGAAGGACGAACUGCAAUCUCCAACUCGGAUGGUGGAAUAUUAACUCUAGUACAGACAGUUGAAGAUGGAUCUCUUGUGAGCACAGAGCAUGCAGUGGGAGUUUUGCUCUCCCUUUGCCAGAGUUGCCGAGAGACAUACCGCGAACCCAUUUUGAAGGAAGGUGCAAUCCCUGGCCUGUUGAGACUGACAGUAGAGGGCACAGCUGAAGCUCAAGAAAGAGCUCGCAGGCUUCUGGAUUUGCUUAGAGAUUCUCCUCAGGAAAAGAGAAUGAGCUCCACAGAUCUGGAGAGAAUGGUUUACAAAAUUGCUGCUGAGGUCGACGGCGUAGGUCAAGCAGCUGAAACCGCCAAAAGAUUAAUGCAAGAAAUGGUUCAGAGGAGAUUAAACACUGUGUAAAACCGCAUUCAGAUUGGAGCGAACUGAACUCCAACUUGUACAUUGCCGUAGAUGUCUUCUUGACAAUGCCACUCUUUCUUCUCCCCAGAAGGGAAGCCUUGGGAGAAGGGUUGAAUUUUCACUUGAGGAUUUGGUUUGGCCACUCUCUGCUACUUCUGUAUUCCAAAGUAAAUUGGGAAAAAGAAGCCAAAAAAAGAAACAAAAGAAAGUCAGUUGGCUUUAGAUUUUCACUGGAGUAACUUCCAUUGCUGAUGAUGUUGAGACAUUAUUAGUAGGCUGUAUAUUUUUGACUCUCAUCUCUCGUACAUAAGAAUAUCAUUUUGUA